UUAUGAAAAAAUGUAUACAAUGAUUCAUUAUUGUUCGUAUCUAUAUGUAUAAAUCGAUUAUUUUUAUUCUUCAAAUUACGUGUAAAAAGACUCAAGGGAUUCCGGACCUAUAUAGUAUGUACGCAUACAAAGGAAAUAUGGCAUCUUCUCGCUCUCUCUCUAUCUCUAAUCUUUUUCACGCGUCGCUACCAUAGUCGGGUCGGAAUCGGAAGUUGGAACGGUUGGAACUUGAAGUUGGAACUACCUUUGUCCGACGCAGACAGAGGUUUCGUUUCGAGUAGGUUAUACCGAAUUUCAUUAAACAAACAAUUGUAAUUUCGUAGUCUUUUAUCAUUGAACAUUAAAAAUGGGUGAUAUGAAAUCAUUUUUUCACCAAUGGUGUGCAAAAAAUAGCAAGGAACCACAGUUUGACGUUAGGCCUACAGGUCCAAAACACAGACAACGAUUUCUUUGUGAAUUGACUGUAGAUGGAUAUGAUUAUGUGGGUGCAGGAAAUUCGACGAACAAGAAAGACGCCCAGGGAAAUGCGGCCAGAGAUUUUGUCAAUUACUUAGUUCGUAUUGGGCUUGUGAAUUCAAAUGAUAUCCCAAAAGAUUCUGGAACCUCCUUGCAACCUACUAUGUUACCUAUUAAAGAAGACAUAGAUUCCCCUACUUUGCCAGUAAAAUCUGUGUUUCAAGACGGGAUGGGUCCUAAUGAUAUAGGGGAGGCAUAUAGACCUUUUAAUAAAUUUGGUCAAGACAAUUACACUUAUAUGGAUAGAAUAGCGGAACAGAAAAAGGUCGAGGAUGCAGAAGACGUCGAUGUGAAUUCUGGAAUUCAUGGCAACUGGACGAUAGAAAAUGCUAAAUCGAAACUUCAUCAAUUUAUGCAGACUAACAAACUUAAUGCCGAUUACAAGUAUACUCCACUUGGUCCAGAUCAUACGAGGAGUUUUAUCGCUGAGAUGACAAUCUAUGUGAAACAACUUGGAAGAAAUGUUACUGGUCGUGAAACCGGCUCGAAUAAACAAACUGCGUCAAAAAGUUGUGCUUUGUCUCUUGUCAGACAAUUAUACCACCUCGGCGUUAUUGAGGCGUUCAGCGGAACUUUAAAGAAAAAUAAAGAAGCAGAACAAUUAAAGCCAUAUCCAGUCAGGAUUUCGCCAGACUUAGUAUGUCAAAUACGCGAAGUCCUAUCAAGUUUGAAUAUACAGCCUGUCUCAGUGAAUCAGCCACACCCUCAUGGGGAGAUGAGUGAUCAAUCUACUGGCGCUAUUUCAUUAUUAACGAAUCAAGUGCUCGAUGAUUUCAUUUCAUCAGUGCCACAACCCGCCGGAGUGGUCAGCUGGUCUCCACCGCAACAAAAUUGGGAUCCAUGGGCCGGUUGUAAUAUAGACGAGGGACCAUUGGCUUUAAUGACGUUAGACAAACUGUCAGAGGAACUGCAAAACGAGCAACGAGAGAGAUUGCAGCAAGAUGGAGGCCUUCAAAUGAGUAUUAAGGACAGAUCCAGAUUACCAGUCUUUUCAAUAAGGAAUGAAAUAAUGAGGGCCAUCAAUGACAAUCCUGUGAUCAUUAUCCGCGGAAACACAGGCUGCGGCAAGACGACUCAAGUGUGUCAAUUUAUUUUGGAUGAUUACAUUGCAUCGGGUCAAGGAGCGUAUUGUAGUAUCGCAAUUACACAGCCGAGGAGAAUAUCUGCUGUGUAUGUAGCUGAUCGAGUUGCUGCAGAAAGGUGCGAGAAUUUGGGACAGACUGUCGGUUAUUCAGUAAGAUUUGAAUCUUGUUUGCCGAAACCAUAUGGCAGCAUAAUGUUCUGCACCGUCGGCGUGCUUUUAAGGAAAUUAGAAAGUGGUUUGAGAGGUGUAUCUCACGUGAUCGUCGAUGAAAUUCACGAACGAGACGUGAAUUCUGAUUUCAUUAUGGUCGUACUUCGCGAUAUGAUUCACGUGUAUCCGGAUCUACGGAUCAUUCUGAUGUCGGCUACGAUCGAUACAACGUUAUUUAGCAAUUAUUUCAACAACUGCCCGGUGAUAGAAAUACCUGGCAGGGCUUAUCCGGUGCAAGAAUAUUUCUUGGAGGAUUGUAUAGAGUUAACGCAUUUUGUACCGCCCACGGAAUCCAGAAAGCGAAAGAAUCGAGACGCGGACGAUCUGCCGACGGACGGUGAACCGGAAGAGAACUUAAAUAAAAUUAUCAGUAGCAAUUAUUCUGUUUCCACGAAAAAUGUUAUGGCGCAACUUACCGAAAAGGAAAUAAGCUUCGAGCUCAUAGAAGCUCUGUUGAAGUAUAUCAAAGAUCAAGGUAUACCAGGAGCCGUGCUGAUCUUCUUACCAGGCUGGAAUUUGAUAUCUGCAUUAAUGAGACACUUGCAACAACAUUCCGUUUACGGAGGAUCGGGUUACGUGAUUCUACCAUUGCACUCACAGUUACCUAGAGAAGAUCAACGUAAAGUAUUCGAUUCUGUUCCACCGGGAAUCACGAAAAUUAUUCUAGCAACAAAUAUCGCUGAGACUUCGAUUACAAUUAAUGACGUCGUUUACGUAAUUGAUUCGUGCAAAUCUAAAAUGAAGCUUUUCACUUCUCACAAUAACAUGACGAACUAUGCUACUGUUUGGGCUAGUAAAACGAAUUUGGAGCAGAGGAAGGGUCGUGCAGGUCGCGUUCGACCAGGAUUCUGUUUUCACUUAUGCUCCAGAGCACGAUUCAACAAAAUGGAUGAACACAUGACGGCGGAAAUGUUUAGAACACCUUUACACGAAUUGGCGUUGAGUAUUAAAUUACUGAAACUGGGUAGUAUCGGCAAAUUCUUGUCGAAAGCUAUUGAGCCGCCGCCGAUAGAUGCUGUGAUCGAAGCGGAAGUAAUAUUACGUGAAAUGAAAUGUUUAGACGAAAACGAUGAGUUGACGCCCCUUGGCAGGAUAUUGGCACGAUUACCAAUAGAGCCGCGGUUGGGCAAGAUGAUGAUCCUAGGUUGCAUAUUCCGUGUUGGCGAUGCACUUUCUACAAUGGCUGCGAAUAGUACAACAUUUCCAGAGGUGUAUAACAUGGGCCCUGACACAAGACGAUUGUCUGUACAACAGAAAUGGUUUGCCGGCGCGAGGUACAGUGAUCACGUAGCGAUGCUACAUGUUUUUCAAGCAUGGGAGGAAGCCAGAGCCGGUGGCGAAUACGCAGAGCAAAUGUUCUGCGAUUCCAAAGGUCUGAGCAUGCCCACAUUAAGAAUGACAUGGGAUGCUAAGAAUCAAUUACAUACGCUUUUACAAAGUGCUGGAUUUCCGCAAGAGACUUUAUGCCCUACACCAUUAAAUUAUCAAGCUGGUGCGGACGUCCGUCUUGAUACAAUAACUGCAUUAUUGUGUAUGGGCCUUUAUCCAAAUGUUUGUUAUCACAAAGAAAAAAGGAAAGUUCUUACAACCGAGUCUAAAGCUGCUCUGAUUCAUAAAACGUCAGUAAACUGUAGCAACUAUGAGCAGAAUUUCCCAUUUCCGUUCUUCGUAUUUGGAGAAAAGAUCCGUACAAGAGCAAUAUCAUGUAAACAAAUGACCAUGGUAUCACCCAUUCAUCUACUAUUGUUCGGCUCUCGGAAGGUUGAAUAUGUUGACAACGUAGUGAAACUAGACAAUUGGAUUAAUUUAGACAUGGAUCCGAAUCACGCAGCGGCGAUAGUAGCUUUACGUCCGUCGUUAGAGAGUUUAGUUGUAAGGGCUUCGACAGAACCUGAUACUAUUUUAGAAUUGUCUCCCAACGAUGAGAAAGUAUUGAGCGUGAUCAGAGCAUUAUGUGGAAUGAACGCCUGUCGUUAUGAACUGGACCAGAUCACAGGUGGUGGGUUUCAGUCGCGAAGGCCACCGAGGGAACAUUCAAGAGGUUUUUAUUCGAACUCCAUGAGUCCUUCAAAGAUGAUGCGAGGAUCUAAUUAUCGAGAGGCUCCUCAAAGAGAGCCUGGAAGUAGUGGCUAUUUUACACCACACUCCUCUAGCGAGUAUAAUGGCGGUGCUAACCGAGGGUAUGGAGUGGCUAAUUCGUAUAGACGAGGUGGAAAUUGGAAUAGAGGAAGACCACCACGUGGUCGUUAUUAAUUACAGUUUCAAAUUAAUAUAAUUUCGUUGUACUAACGUGCAACUGGGAUCUUUCUGCAGAAUGCAUUGUUUUCUAAUUUUUGUAGUCUUAUAAGACUUUUUUGAUUAAUUCACCUUUACAUCGAUUCUCUUGAAAUAUUUGUUAUUUUAGAUUCUAUAAUUUAUGUUAUCCAAACUGAAAAUUUAAAAUAAGAUUCUUACAAGUAUUACAGUUUGGAAAUUAGUAUUACCACCGAGACGUAUAGUCGAAAUGGAUAUUAAGUUGACACAUUUUAACAUACUUUUUUAUGGGAUGCGAGAAGAUUUAGUUUACUAUGUCAUGUGUAAAAACGGAGCGUAAUAUGCGAAGAACGCAUAUGCAUACGAACUCUUAAAAUUUUCUACCAUUGUUGUCGAAAAAGCGCUUCAGAAACCAAUAAUGUAUAGAGAUUAUGAUGACUGUGAAAUAUAUAUUAUAUCGACGUAAUGCACGUUUAUUUAUUACUUCUACGAUGUAUUUUCCCUCAAGAUCUUUUAAUUUUUGAUGUAUUAACAUUAUUCCUACGAAUAAAGUCAGUUGUUUAAAUCUUU